AAGGCCCUCACCAUCCCAGCCCUUCUUCUCCAGAACAGCAAGAGCAAACCAAUCUCGCUCACCAAACCAAGCCACGGCUACCCUCUACCACUUCACAAGCAUUAGCAAAGAAGAGACAGUAAGGCAAGAGCAAGAUGUACCACCAUUUCCAUGGCGAGGUGGCCAGCCUCCGCUUCCUCUGCCCUCCGAACCCUUCCUUCGCCGCGCACCACCACAUGAACAUGGCCUUGCCACCUCAGGCCUACUUCCUACCGUCCUUUAAGCCGACGUCAUCUUUCCAAGAAGUUGAUGCCGCUCUGCUCUGCGGCGACGCUUCCUCAUUCGAGCUUGAGACGGUCGUCCGGGAAGCGGCGGCUCACCUCUCCGGCGGCAAUGGCUCGCCCAGCUCGGGAUCGGGCUCCGAGGGCGGGGGCAGCAGCUACCAGUACCAGGUGGGCACCGCGGCGGUGUCGGCGGAGGAGGAGAGGCGGCGGCGGCGCAUGGUGUCGAACCGGGAGUCGGCGCGGCGGUCGCGCAUGCGCAAGCAGCGGCAGCUCAGCGAGCUGUGGGCGCAGGUCUCGCGCCUCCGCGGCACCAACUGUCGCCUCCUCGACGAGCUCAACCGCGCGCUGAGGGGUUGCGCCGACGCCCGCCGCGAGGGCGUGCGGCUCAGGGACGAGAAGAUCGAGCUGGCCAAGAAGCUCGAGCAGCUCCUGCAAGACGCGGCCGCGGAGAAGACCUCCGCCGCCGCCGCAUCGAGCAAUCACAGCGGCUCUCCGGAGCCAUGCAAGAACAGCAGCACCACUACUGCUGAAUGAAUACAUUAUCCGACCCAAUUUUUACUUGAGAGGAUAAUUAUAGAAAUAAGAAUAUGUAUAACUAAACGAGGAUAAUUAAUGGAGACGUGUGCAUGCAUGCACCAUGCAAUCUAUUCACUAUUUCGAGGAGCUUUUUUUUU